AAUCAAGAUGGCAGACGUAGAUUUCUUGAACUCCGAACAAACCGAAGAAGACCCCGCCGCUGCCUUUUUGGCCAGGGAGCAGACAGAAUUAGCGGGGUUGGAAGAUGAUAACUUUGGCGUCGAUUCAUCAGCACCACAACAACAAAAUGAUGGAUUUGAUCCAUUUAGUGGUGGGGCUCAAGAAGACCAAGGCUUAACAGGAAAUCAGGAAUUUGAAACCACUAAUCAACAACAGGAUUCUGAAGAAAAUUUGACUAAUGGACCCUCGGACAUGUAUAGUAUCAUAGCCCAGCAAGAUCGCGAGAGGUCGGAGCCAGAAAAAAUCAGAAUCUGGCGUGAGGAACAGGUCCUGAAACUGGAGGCUAAAGAUAAGGAAGAGGAGAAAAAGCAGCAAGAAAUGAGAGAAGGAGCGAAGAAGGAGCUGGAUGAUUGGUACAAACAUAACCAGGAACAGCUGGAGAAAACGAAGGAAAAUAAUCGGGCUGCUGAGGAAGCCUUCGUGAAGGACCGCGAUGAGACACAACCAGGAGGAGAGUGGGAAAAAAUAUGCAGACUCUGCGAAUUUAAUCCCAAAAAUUCGAAAAACACAAAAGAUGUAUCAAGAUUAAGGGGAAUUUUGCUACAAUUGAAACAAACACCACUUGUUCGUUAAUCAUCAAGUUACUUUCGGGGAAUAACAGUAAACUUUGAACAACAAAAAUAUGUACAUGUUGAGUAAACGUUUGGUGAUCUUGGGUACAAAGAAAACAAUAUAAUUACUAAAUGUGUUUAACAGUACCUAAACUAUUCGUAACCAAUACCAAAAGAAAGGAGUACACAGUAUGUAGCUUAUUACUUUAUUUCUUCAUUCAUACAUUGUGUUGUAUCGAAAUGUGAAGGAUUUAAGAUGUUGAUAAAGGAUAUAUGUGAGAUAGUUGUACACUUAGAUCAUGAGCCGACAUUGUGUUUUAGAUUUAAUAUGCACUUGGUGUUGUGUGUUAGGAUACUACUAGGUACAGAAACAAUUCAAGAGAAGAAAAUUCGAACUACAAGUAUUUUAUCUGCAGUUUUAAGUAUGAUGUGGUAGACCUGAACUGUGUGUCAGUAUUGAUGAGUUACGCUACAACAUAUUUGUGAUAGUAUGACUAAUAAAAGAUUAUUUCUCUCAAAAUAUCUGACUGAUAGGGAAGAUUUUCACAAUGAUUUCAUGUUUUUAAUAAAUGAACAUUCAUGGUCGUUCAAAGAAUAAGCUUCAUAUUACAAUUCGUAGAAAAUUUUAAAAUUACCCGUCAUUCUUCAGUGUGUGAUUCUUUUGGAGAGAGACUGUAUAUAAUAUGUAAAGUAGUGUACACCCUUAAGUCACCACACAAUUAUUCUGUAACUUUCAGCUUUAUUAACAGUUAUGAUCAAUUUAAAAUAAACAUUCCACUUAAGCAUUGUUGGGGAGAAAAAAGGAAUAACUGAUUGAAAUGUCUAUGAAGAAACUUGCAAGGUCUGUAAUAAAAAUAUAGCAUUUUAGAGCGUAAAAUUUAGGGGCUCCUGUAGGUAAUUUUAUAAUCUGAUAAAACUGUUGUGAGAUACAUGUGAAGUAAGUUAUUGGAGACGUCAUUUCAUUUCACACUUGUAAGAAUAAGGUUUGUAAAUUAUAUUAAUGUUCAUAUACAUGUGAAAUAUAGGAUUCCAUUAACUGUAAUUAAAUAUGUGAUGGA